AUGGAUAUGACGGCUAUUCUCAUCUCUAUCGACGCUUUAAUUUCAUCUGUCUUUGCACACACGUCAAUGAAACCAAUUGCGUUCACCGUUCUUUUUUUGGCUGUAUUCGCUGUGGAUUACUGUAAAAGCAUCCCGACAAUGCACAACAAAGCAGAUCAAUUUGCUGAGCGAUUACUCGGAAAGUUUGGAAGCAGUUUCAUCCGAAUCCAGAAAAAUGAUUGUUGUCGAAUCAACCAAGCCCUAAAUUGCUGUACACUCCGAUGGUACUGGAAUGAAAUACAGUUAUAG